AUGAUGACCGGAUUUGCGUGUGAUAAUGAAUCGUGGUUGAAAAUUAGGUCGCGGUGUAUUUGUUAUGUAAACUACAUUACCCAUGAUGCCCGAGUGCGGAAGUAUCCAUCCAUGGCUUCUGGCGGUCGAUGCCGGCUCCGACCUCGCAAGGUCCGCCUGGAAACGGGGUGUAGGAAAAUAAUGUCGUGUCGCUCUGACAGCUUGUUUUUCAGUGGGAGUGGUGAGGACUCCUUGGACCGGCUACUGCCUCCUGUGGGCGCCCCCCGUAGAAAAAGCACUACCUCGCUGAGUAAAACAGAGCCCCCGUUGCUGCGCACGGGCACUCGCACCAUCUACACCGCUGGCCGACCUCCCUGGUACGAUGAACAUGGGGCGCAGUCCAAAGAGGCCUUUGUCAUCGGAUUGUGUGGAGGCAGCGCCUCGGGGAAGACGACCGUAGCCAAUAAAAUAAUUGAGGCUCUGGAUGUGCCCUGGGUCGUGCUGCUUUCUAUGGACUCCUUCUACAAGGACUUACAUCCUGAGGAACAAGCCUUGGCUGCAAGUAAUGAUUACAACUUUGAUCAUCCGGGGGCCUUCGACUUUGAGCUGCUGGUCGCUACUCUGCGGAAGCUGAAGCAGGGAAAGAGUGUGAAAAUCCCUGUGUACGACUUCACCACGCACAGACGACAAAAAGACUGGAAGAACGUGUAUGGUGCAAGUGUAAUCAUAUUUGAAGGAAUCAUGGCUUUUGCAGAUAAAGAUCUUCUACAGCUCCUGGACAUGAAAAUCUUUGUGGACACAGACUCGGACAUCCGGCUGGUCCGCCGCCUCCGUAGGGAUAUCACAGAGCGCAUGCGUGAUAUCGAAGGUGUCAUCAAGCAGUACAACAAGUUUGUGAAGCCAGCCUUCGAGCAGUACAUCGAGCCAACCAUGAGACUGGCGGACAUCGUAGUGCCAAGAGGUGGUGGCAAUAUGGUGGCCAUCGAUCUGAUAGUCCAGCAUGUGCACAGUCAGCUGGAGGAGCGUGAGCUCAGUGUCAGGGCGCUUUUGGCGUCUGCUCAGCAGACACAGCCACUUCCACAGACGCUCAGUGUGUUGGAGAGCACGCCACAAGUCAAAGGCCUCCACACCAUCAUCAGGAAUAAAGAAACCAGCAGAGAUGAGUUCAUCUUCUACUCAAAGAGAUUGAUGCGCCUUCUCAUAGAACAUGCACUAACCUUUUUGCCAUCACAGCCUUGCAAGGUUCAGACCCCACAGGGCCAUGAGUAUGAAGGCCACCGGUAUGGAGGUAAAGGGAUUACCGGCGUGUCCAUCCUGCGGGCAGGAGAGACCAUGGAGCCCGCCUUGAGAGCCGUGUGCAAGGACGUGCGUAUUGGCAAGAUCCUCAUCCAGACCAACCUGGACUCAGGAGAACCCGAGCUACAUUACCUGCGUCUGCCCAAAGACAUCAGCGAAGAUCAUGUCAUCUUAAUGGACAGCACUGUGUCAACCGGUGCGGCGGCCAUGAUGGCGGUGCGAGUACUUCUGGACCAUGAAGUCCAGGAGGAGAAAAUUCUACUGGUGUCGCUGCUGAUGGCAGAGCUCGGCGUGCACUCUGUGGCCUACGCCUUCCCAAAGGUUAAAAUCAUCACCACAGCUGUGGAUAAAGGCCUUGACGACUGUUUACAUGUCAUCCCUGGUAUCGGGGACUUUGGGGAUCGCUACUUUGGGACGGAUGGGUCCGACAGAUGGAGUGAUGAGCAGGAUCAGGAACAGUCGUGAUACUCAUCUGCGAAACACACAAUUACUUGAAAAGGUGUGUUACGGGGUCAUCUCACACUUGUGUACUUGUUUAGCGGGUGAGUUUUGGUCCAUUUCUAAGCACUUUGUGGAGGAAUAUUUUUACACAAUAUUUACUUGGAGAAAGCUGUGACAUUACUAUAUGCAAUAGCAAUGUUAUGUCUGAAAUUAUUUUAUUAAUUCACUGCACCAGCUUAUCAAUCAGUGGGUUAUUUGUGUAAAUACACAAACAUUUGCAUAAUUAGCUUAUACCGUUUGCACAGUUAUAAAUAAUAAUGACAAAAAAUACCUCAGAACAAAGAAGGAAAGUCAUGUUAGAGACGCAAAAAGGUGCCAAAUUAUAUUGCAACACUGCAACUAAAGCAGGCUGAUAGUACUUUCAGCAUUUACUAUCAGGUAAAACUGAGGUAAAGUCAUAUACAGUCCCCGACAAAAGCCUUGUCGCGUUUCUUUUUUUCAUUUGAAAUCUGAAAUGGCUUAUAUGAAAGGCAAAAAAACACUACAGUAAUAUUAGAACAUAAAGCUAGGGUGCUAUGGAAAAAAUAAUUUAUGUCAUGUAUGACACACAUGAGCUUGGGAGACCACCACAGGGUGUACCCUGACAGCUGGGAUAGGCUCCAGCAUGCCCGCGCCCCUCGUGAGGAUAAGCGGUAUAGAAACUGAAUGAAUGGAUUUUUGUAUUCAACAAGACAUUUGUUCAUUUCUGUGCUAAUUAAAUAAAAUUAAAUAAAAAUUAAAUAAAAUUGAAUCAUUGAAUGAUUAAAUACUUUUAUUUUGCUAUAAUAACCAUAAACUAGAGUGUUUUGCCUUCUAAAUAAGCUAUUUCUGAUUCCAAAUGAGCAACUAUCAUUCCUAUAGCUUGGAUAUACUAUAAUUUGGAGUCACAGACCCGAUAAUUAUAAUAUAUAUAAAUAUGUUAAACUACUGUAUUCUGAGUUCUGGGAACACUAUGCGACCUUUUCCAACUUUUAAUACAAUAUACAUGUGCAUGUCAAUAAAUUAGAAUAUGAUUGAAAACUGUAUGGAUUUGAUUUGAGCGUGAACCAUUUGGUUGAACUUAUGGACAAUUUUUCACAUUUUCUGAGAUAUUACAUUUGUGUUUUUCCAAAUUAUGAAGAAAUAUUUGUUAACAUGUUAUUAUCACUCUUUCGUGAAUCUAUAGAAUAUUAAACUGCUUAAAUCAAUUAUUCAAAGUUACUCUAAUCUAUUGGGAUGCACCUGUUGGUUACAUAUGUUUGUAUGUUAUUAUAACAUGCGUUCAUUAUUUUUGGGUUCAUGUUAUGAUUUGAAACAAAGGAGCAACUUGGUGCACACAGUAAUAUGCAUAUUCUUACAUACAUAAGAAAAAAAACAGGGUGAUUGGGGAAUUCAGGGUACAGUAUGUUCAUUUUGUCUUGUUAUACAAAACAUUAUACAAUUGAGUUUUUUCAGAGACAAAAUACUAUUUAACUGAGGGUUGACAUUCAGAAUUAAUACACACAUUUUCUCAGUUUAAUCGUCCGAGGGGAGCACCUUCUGUAUGAAGUAAUUUAAACAUACGCUCACUCACUUCCUGUUAUGGUCCUGUGGCGCUCAGGGUUGUUGUCAUACCCGGAAAGGCCUACAGGGGUCAGUGUAAUCACAUUUAGCGUAUCGUCCAAAACAGGAAGGGAUUUACCUCUCUCACCUUGUUUAAACAUGGUUUCCUGUUCUGUGACAUAAAUGGGAGUUUUUUGAUAAAUGCGAGCAUCGUAUCGUGUGUUGCUGUGUGUGUACUAAAACUGAAAAUGUCACGCUAGUGUUGCAAAAUGAGCAGUAAAUCCUUAUCCGUGUGUCUUAUUAUCAUAAUGAAAGCGACGCUUUCAUUCAUGCGUUCAUCCGUUGUGCGCACGGUGUGAGGAUGUUGCAAAUAAUGGUCCCCCCCCCACACACACACACAUCCUCCCCACAUCCACGCGUUGUUUUGGCUUG